AUGAAGUUCCUCCAAAGCAAUUCGAAUACCUCAGCUCGAUCAGCCUCUCACUUCCUGAUAGACCUCCAAGGUGAGAGGGUUCAAUCGGACGAAAUCAUGAUCUCCUUCGCAGCGACGUCGUUAUUCACAUCUAUCUCACCAAACGUGGCCCGCGAAGUCUUGCGCAAGAGACUUGAAGAGGCGUACGAUGAGACUCAGAAUGCCCUCAAAAUUGAACACCUCAUGAGGCUGUUUGAAUUCUGCCAACAAACUUUCUUCACUUUUGCGGGAGAGACCUAUAAACAAAUCAAGGGAACCCCAAUGGGCUCACCGGUCUCCGGUUUACUGGCAGAACUGGUCUUACAGGAGUUAGAAAAGAUUGCCUUCAUUCAACAUGAGCCGGUAUUUUGGCGCCGUUACGUAAACGACACGUUCCCCAUCGUAAAGAAGGACAUGCUGCAACAUUUCCACAACCUACCCAACGCAGUCUUCCCUAAUAUAAAAUUCACGAGGGCAGAAGAACAGGAGCAGCAGUUGCCCUUCCUGGAUGUGCUUGUCAGAUGA